AUGGUCAGAAAUGAAGUUAGAAUCGUUAAUCAGGAAAUACUUCUGAAGCAACUUUAUCGAACAGGCCAAUGCAGCAGUUUAUUAGUGGAAAAAGAUGGUGAAAUAGACAAAUCGGUCUUAAAUAAAGUUAAACAGAAUGAAACGCAACUCAUGAAGCAUUUCAUGCGCUGGAAUUUGCCAACAAAGCGGCAGAAAACUUCUGAUGAGAAUGAAGCUGACGGAUCUCUUUUACAUGGAGCCUCAUUCUACUUUUCUCCCGGUUAUUUCGCGUGUCCAGUCGUUUCAUAUCAUUGGUUUUUCAUUCAUCCUCGUCUUCGUCAUUCAAUUCACGGGGCAAAUCUUUAUUUAUCGAGUGGAUAUGAAAUACUAAGGCAACGUAUGGAGCAUUUCGCUGUACGAAAUCGUAGAAAUCUAUAUGUAUUCGGUGACAUAGAAGAAAAUAUAUUUUAUAUGCGUUUAUUUACCGAUGUUAAUGUUUUAAAGAAUGGAUGUAUCUUUGUACCGAAUAGUUUGCGACUUGAAGCUGAACAAAAGUUUCAAACUUCAGUUUUAUUAACGAUUCAUGGUGUUCGUAAUCCCGGUGAUAAACUACAGUCAUUAAUUCAAAAUCUGCAAAAGAAACUCGACUACAAAAUUUUAGAAGAAAUCGCAAAUACUUUUCGUAAAAAUCCGGAUUCUAGAUUAAUGGAAGACGAUAUGAAAUUCAUUCAACGUGACGCGAGCAAACCCGAUGCGGUCUUCUUUUGUACACUUCCAGUUUUCGUUGGUAAUUAUCUUGGUACACUUUAUUUCUAUCUCAAACAACAAAUCAUGACUUUUACGAGUAUCGCGAGAUUUCGUGAGAACAAGGGCAACAGUUCACGAAAAGUUUACUUCAGUUCUUAUUUAACUCCCGACAAUAGUUUUGGCGUAUCUGAUUCAUAUGUUCCGCAGUUCUUUAUCAUCAGUCGCCCGCCUGUUAAAGGAUCAUCUCUUGUCGGUUAUUUAGGUUUGGCUUGUUUGGAAGCUCGUAUUGUUACAGCACUUGGUCAAAUUUUGGUUGACAUGCCAUAUGCCAGCUAUAAUCAAGGGGCGCAUUCGACACUAAGUCCUGCCAGUAUUAAACUUCGUCAGUCUCAAAUAGAACGAUUUCACGAGCUUACACGUUGUAUCAAUACUGCAUUGCCUCUUCCUGAAUCACUUUCUGUUGAACGGCCUGGUAAUUUAAUAUAUCUUGUCCAGUUUAAUAUUUGGCAAAUUGGCGACGUUGGUAUUGUUUCUCUACAAUCAAGGUUUCGUCUUGCAGUGCAGCAGGCUCUUUGCGAUCUGGUGACAGAAUUCGGUUUAUUAUGUCAACCGAUUGUUGAUUUCGUAACUUCACCGAGUCCGCAAUCUGUUCGUACUAUAGCUCUUCCAUUGAACCGAACUGAUCGACUAUCAUCUCUUCGAUGCCGCUCAUCUGGUGAUGCUCCUCCUACUUCUCCAGUUAUUAAUUCUCAUUCUGUGCAAAUAACUACAAGUCCUACUGUGGAUUUAGUGCUUACAAUUCGUGAGCCAUUAUCAGCCAAUCGACUUAGGCCAUUAUCAUCAACAAUGUUUAGUUUUGAUGAUCCAAAAAAGGAUUCAGUUUCAUUUCCUCAGCAAUCCAAAAUUUUAUCCAGUGAUCACAACUCGAUUCUUUCGCUCACUAUUCCCACGAAGCACGAAAUAUCUGAGCAAAAUGGCAUUCUUAAUUCACAGUUCGUUACAGUAGCCUCUAAAUGGUUUGAUUAUGUUGUUUCUGAGGUGAAAACUGGUGAACAGCAAUUCUCAGUGAAAAAGCACCUAUUCCAUCUUGACAGCGACCCAUCUACUUGCAAGGUUUUAUUAUUUUAUUAUUUUGUUUUAUUCUUUCACUUGAGUGACGACGGGCGAAUUGUAAGUAUUGAUGGUGAAGAAAUUCAAUACAUCAUUUUGGGUUAUAAUCAGUAUUAUAUGGAUUAUUUUUCGAAAUUAGAGGAAAAUGGAGCUUCAUCACCUUUUUUGGAUGAUUUUUUAUGUAAUAAAAAUAACUUUUCGCGCUUUUUACCACAAAUCUUUCCUUUUGUGCCACGUCAACGAAUGGUGUUUUUUAUUGCUCGUGGUGCUGUUGCUUGUUUGUAUUUAUAUAAUUAUUCGGCUGAGUCAAGCGAGCAGAUUUACAAAUUAGUCGCAUCCGCAGCUGCAUGGCACAAUGCGAAAUCACGAUUAUUACGUGAAAUUGGACUGCAUAAAAUGGGCAUUACUCAUCUUGGUGGUUAUGUUUUACCGAACGACAAAGGAUUAGUAUGGUUAAAUGCUGAGCUUCUUGCGAAAGAUAAAGUACCGGAGGAUGGUCUGGCACAGUUCGAUGAAAGGUUUGCUUAUUUUAUCCUUGCGCAAAAUCGCGAUUCAACAGCAGAAGAAACUCGUGUGCGUAUGAAGCUUUAUCGGCAUUCCGACACAGCCUUUUUGGCUAUGAAUCUGGUGACGACAUUCUUCGAAAAUCAAAGCCAACAAAUGUGUAUACUUGAUACGAGGAUUCGAGCGAUUUUUCGUGAUAAACUUCAAUUUCGUCGAAUUCAUCAGUCAUUAUUAAGCGAUAAUGUGAAAAUUUCCGAAGCUGAUCUUCUACAAAUAACAUCACAUAGCCGUGAGGUACACUUUGUUCGAUCACCACUUCUUUUUUUUCCGGCCUGGAGAAAAAAAAUCGCCGAAAUUAGAAGAGGGACAGAUGAUUAUGCGAACCUAUUUCAACCACUGCUUCCGCAAGGUGUUUCUUCUAGAAGAGCGAGUGGGUCUAGACUCUCGCGGCAUGAAGUACCAUUUAAAGCCAUGAAGAUUCGUUCGAAUACACUAUCGGUUUUGCAUGAUGGAUCUCAAGCUAAUCAAGUGGUAUAUACAUAUCGAAGAGCAGAAAAAAAUGAUCCAUGUUUUCUAAAAAUUCAGUUUAUGCUCGUUCAGAGCUAUGUUGCAUACGCUUUGAAGUUGGGACUUGUCCUUUUGGAUGUUACUGACAUCGAGCAAUCAAAGGGUAAAGGAAACCGUUAUUCACUGAAUUUCGAUACACAAGUAAGUAGAUUUUGUUUCAGUUGUAAAAAAACUCAAAUUAUUGUCUUUCAGUCCACGAAAUCACCUCCUGAAAUUUGGAUGGCUAAAGUUUCCACUUGUGGUAUUAUCUUCGUUAAUUUGACAUUCGUUGAUGCAUAUUUCAGUUUACGAGUUCUUAUGUGGAGUUGUGUGCAGUCUUAUAAUAUUUUAAACUUUGAAAUUGAUACUCAGUUUUAUGAUAAGUAUGAGGGUGAACUUGAAGCUCUAAAAAAUGACAUUGUACUCAAAUGUCACUUUCAUUCAUUCACCUACGACUUUCAUCUGCGCAUGGUUGCAACAUAUUUAGUUGGUGGGCACCAGGUGUUGUUUGACCGUGGAUACAAUACGAAUGCUUUUUUAAUCGAUUUCCUGCAAUAUUACGGUUGUCGACCUCCUUAUACUCGUAACUGUAUAUACGAAGAAAAGGUGUGCCUUUUUUUCGGUAACAUGAGGUCUUCAUUUUCUCUUUUAUUGCUUGUAUUUCAGGUUGAAUACUCUGGCUUAGAAGUUGACAGUGAUCUUGUUUGGGAGCACUUUCUUUCCGAGAAGAAUGGCGAAUGGCGAGUUGUCGAGUUGCGAGAUGAUCGUAAUAAAGAUGUUAUAGAUUCUGAUCGUUAUAUGCUAGUUUCAGAAGAACAAAAGGAACUGUUUGCUCUAAAUUAUUGUGAAGUUCGUGGAAUUCUUCGUGAAAGUCGAGCAUCUAGUGAAAAAUCUUGUCUAACGCUCAAAUUCUACGUGAUUUUAGUUUCUCAUGAAAGAACUGAUCCUUUCAUUGAAAAUCUCGAUUACGAUUCGCAAAAUUUGGAUUGUGGUGAAUUUAAAGAAUUAGAAGGACUCAAUGGAAGCACGGAAAACGAGGAAAGUAGCGUUUCCCAACUCGACACUGAUUCGGAAUCAAUAGCCUAUGAAAAAUGUGAAAGAAGGCGUUAUCGUAGCGGGGGAAGCAGUUCUGUUGUAUCUGCUUUAGAAUUCAAUAGGCGAUUAUCGAAUGAAACACCUAUAGCAUCGGAGUAUUUGCCUCUUUUUAGUGGGGAGUGUUGCCGACUUUCAAUUCAAUAUAAUGCUCCACGUAGACAUCGAAAAGUAUUAUGUAAACGACAUGGGUCAAAAAUUCCAGUUGAUACGAAUAUCUUACUUCCAAAAGAACAAGUUAUCUAUGUUCACUUUCUGAGCGAACGGCAGAAAAAACUUCAAGAAGAAUUAGAAGAUAGCGUUUUGCAUUACAAAAGAAGGCUUCAAAAAUUGGUUGAAGAUGCAUCUUGGCAUUGCUUGAGGGAUGAAUUGUGGCGAAAUAUGAUUGAAUGGCCAUCAAAACAGAAAGUAGAACCACUAGCUGGACCAAGGAAAAUUUUCGAAAAUAACGCUGAAGCAUCAUUUGCUCUUCGCUCAAUUAUCUCUUCGAAUUUGACUGUUAACGAUAUCGAUAAAUUACUGAGUUACGUUAAAGUGAUAUCCAUCAUCGAUUAUGAACCGAUGAUUGAUGCUUUAACAUCUGAUAUAAAUGUUGAUUCUUUCUUCAAAUACCUCUGCUUACAUUUUGGCGAGAAGAACUGCAGAUAUUUUUAUUCUCCGCUGAAGAAAGUGAGUUUUAAUUCUUUUUUUUUUCUUUUGGAUUAA